AUUUAAUCGAACGUCGUGAAGUGGAACAUACUCUUGCUGAAAAAAAUAUUUUAAUUCAAGCUGAAGCUUGUCCCUUCUUGGUGGGACUUAAAUUCUCUUUUCAAACUAAAACCCAUCUUUAUUUGGUUACCGAUUUUAUGAAUGGCGGUGAAUUGUUUUGGCAUUUACAAAAUGAAAUCAGACUUUCGGAAGAAAGAGCAAAAUUUUAUGCUGCUGAAAUAAAUAUCCUGCUUGAUGCUACUGGACAUAUAGCCCUUUGUGAUUUUGGGUUAUGUAAAGAAAAUCUGGCUGCCGGACAAACCACAAAUACCUUCUGUGGUACAUCCGAAUACCUUGCUCCUGAAGUCUUGGCUGAAUGUGGUUACAACAAGUCCGUAGACUGGUGGAGUCUGGGAAUAUUAUUUUAUGAAAUGAUUGCUGGAUUCAGUCCAUUUUAUACAAAUGAUACUCAAUUAAUGUAUCGUAAAAUCUUGUUUGGAAAAUUGAAAUUCCCAAAGGGUUUCUUUAGUGAAGACGCAAAAAGCUUGAUAAAAGGGCUUUUGGCUCGUAAUCCUCAUAAUAGGCUCGGCUCACAUAACGAUGCCGAAGAAAUUAAAAAUCAUCCUUUCUUCGCCAAUAUUGAUUGGGACGCUUUGUAUCGUAAACAAGUGUCUCCUCCAUUUAAACCGAAUGUUUCUUCAGAAGAUGAUACUUCAUGCUUCGAUCCUUCGUUUACUGAAGAAGAAACUAGUAUCGAUUGGCCUUCUGUAUCUAAAAAUUUAAGUCGUAAUGGAACUAACGCAUCAAUAAAUAGUGAAAUGAAUGAAGCGUUCGGUGGUUUCACUUAUUCUGGUGAAAAUCAAUAUGGCUUGACUUCUUAUCCCGGCUAUUCCCUUGGGCUUGAUUAUGAUUUAGACAUCGGUAGUCCCAGCCCAAGUUCUCCCUCGAGUUCAG